AUGCCACCACCUCCGAGGCACAUCCCUCACUGGAGAGACCCCCAGAAAUAUCUAUCCGCACGACCACUUGCAGAACUUCACAGGCCGCUCUGUACGAAAGCAUUCUUCACAGGAUUAACUCCCCAAGGCGAAAAUAACAGGCCGAAGCACAACCCACAUGAACAAGCCUGUCACUUUUCAGAACAAUCUAUGUCAGAGCCCAACCCGUCCACUUCUAGAAUACUCCAGAACGACGUCCGAUGCCAGGUCCCCGUCCCGACCCCGAGCCUCGACUCCUUCCUUCUGUUUCCGCAAGUGUAUUCACCCCCUUGUCAGAGCGAAAGUGACUUUGCCCUUCAUGACCCGACCCCGACUUCGAUCCCCGAUCUGACAUCAUUCUCAUCCUAUAUUGGCCAAGAUGCCAUUAGAUGUCCGAUUUCCAGUCACUCCGUUAGAGCAACAAGGACGAAGACACUCAACAGUACUAGCUUACGGUCGAACAGACCGUGUCAUGGAUUCAUCAUGACAGUUCACCUCAAGGCAAAAGACUACCACCCACUGGUUCCAAGUACGAAAGCGAUCACAGGUCGAUGGAACACCUUGGCAAUAACUCCUCCGCGGGGAGGUUACUACUACUACCUCUACGAAUCCAAAUCUAUGACGCCGCUGCACCGACAGGCUGGACAUUCCCAAAUUGCUGCCACCACCACCACCACCACCACCACCACCACCACCAAUAGCAGCAGCAGCAUUGAUAGGUCACUACGCAGUAGUCAAUGUCAAGAUUACAUCCAACAGUUCGAACCUAAGCCAAGUGGCUUGGCCUUGAAUGGACCAUGUUGGGUAUUCUACUGGAUUACUCAAUUUGGUUGGUUCAUCGUUUCUUUUCCCUAG